UCCCCGCCGACGUCAGGGUGCGGAGCCGGAAGUCGAGCGACGGGUGGCGCGGAGUUCUGCCUGCUGGAGGGCUGCCGUUGGAGCCGUUGAGGCGGAGGCGGCGCAGCUCCGCGCACAGAGCUCCAGAUGGAAUCGGCGCCGGGGCCCGGACCCGGCCUCUGCUACAAGCCGGGCGGGCGGCUGGACAUGAGCCACGGCUUCGUCCACCACAUUCGACGGAACCAGCUCGCCCGGGACGACUACGACAAGAAGGUAAAGCAGGCGGCCAAGGAGAAGGUGAGGAGGCGGCACACGCCCGCGCCCACUCGGCCCCGCAAGCCGGACCUGCAGGUGUAUCUGCCGCGACACCGAGAUGCCUCUACCCAUCCAAGCAACCCAGACUGUGAGGAAUCCAGUGAAAGCAGCAGUAGUGGCGGCUCUGAGCCAGAGCCUCCCGGUCAUCAGCUCUUCUGCCUAGAAUAUGAGGCGGACAGCGGAGACAUCACAUCAGUUAUCGUGUAUCAGGAUGAUGAUCCAGGAAGGGUGAGUGACAAGGUGUCAGCACAUACGCCUCUGGAGCCACCUAUGCGAGAGGCCCUCAAGUUGCGCAUCCAGGAGGAGAUUGCAAAGCGUCAGAGCCGACCCUGACCAGCCUGGAUUCGCUGCCCAGGGAGCCGCCCUUAGUUUGGGGGUGCCAGGACCAGUCUGGGCUGAUCUUGAGACACCCCCCCACACCAGAGCCGCCACAUCUACAGGAAAAGGGCGUCACCAGGACUAUGCCUGGCCGCCUCCCUUGUAGCCAUUCUUUCUUGUAGAUUGGCCCAUUUGACCAGCCAAUUUCUGGGAUUUUUUGAGGAUUUUGUUUGGUUAGUUUGGUGUUCUGGAAGUAAGGAUCCCAAGGAGAGCUGAGGUUUAUGAAGCCUUGUGCCAACGUGCCGCUUUCUCUCUGGGGUCACAUGCUCUGGGACACCCACCUCAUGAGCCCUCUUUGUUAUGGUUCCUUUCUUCCAUAUUUGUCCUCACUUCAUCCCUGCUUUCCUAGAUCUUUUCAGCUCUGUGUCUUUGUUCUUUUCUUUCCUUCCUUUCUUUCUUUCUCCAAAUUCAUCAGUUCCACUACCACCCCCCCCCCACCUCCCAGUGUGACUGGGCACCUACAGCUGCUCAGGACUUGGCAGGUGGGGGUUCUGGGCUCUACCUUUCUAACCAGCUCUCCAGUGAUUCUGGUACCAAUCCAGUGGGAGCUCUUCUUUGAUGCUCACAUACAAUCAUGUCCCCUCCCCUUCCAGGGCUUUUGCACAUUUCUCUCAUGCCCGGCUGCUUAGCCUGGUCUAAGGCACCUAGAAAGAUGAUGCCAGAACUAAACUGAGAGGAUUUCUCGUCCUGCCUUGGUUCGGACUACAGAGCCCCAGCUUCUAACCUCACCCCCCACCCCUGAGCUGUGAACAGACCGUCCUCUGUUCAGGCUGAAGAGGGAUUAUCAAAACAAGCUUGAAACUGUGUUACCAAGUAUGAUUGAACAGUCUUUAAUGCCCACAGGAAGGGAAAUUCAACAUGAGCAAUAAUCGCCUAUUCAAUCAUUGCCUAGUUGGGAAAAAGGAAAAAAAAAAAAAGCCUGAACAGUGCCCUCAGGGGAGCAAAGGGAGCCUCUGUGGUCUGUCCUUCCCCUGCUCUGUGCUUUCUCCCGUCCUACCUCCCAAGAAGGCCUGAGAAUGAGGCUCCCAAGCAUGUCCCUGCUUUCACCGAAGUGAACAUUAUUCCUCGUGCAGGCUGGGGCUAAGGUGUCAGGGCUCCACAGCGGAUCCUGUGCACUGCAGGUCCAGGCCACUGCAGUUUUCCAGCAAAUGGGCCUAAGCUCAGUCACUGAAUUAUGGGGUUUAAGGGAACCCCUGAGCACUGAGACGUCUUCAAACCAAAGCCCCCCUGCCCUGCCCCAGAGGUUUCUCCUCACACAUCAGGGUCUCAAGAUCCAUCUGGCUGGUCCCUCUCAGCAGCUUUUCUCUUAAAGGACAAAAAAAAGCAGCCGAGGGCACUUUUGACUUGUGCCCCCACAGCCCUGAAAAUCUCCCACCUCGGAAACGGAGCAAGGCAGCUACUUCAGCUGCAUUGUUAACAUGCAGCAAGUCACAGCUUGCAGGGAAAGGUGAGUGAAGUGGAUACAUUAGAAAGGCCUCCUUGGAGUUCCCACUGUGGCAUAACAGGAUCUGUGCUGUCUUAGGAGUGCUGGGACACAGGUUCAAACCCCGGCCCGGCACGGGGACUAAGGAUCCAGCGUUGCCACAGCUGUGGCAUAGGUGGCAACUGCAGCUUGGAUCUGAUCCCUGGCCCAGGGAACUCCAGAUGCCUAGGGGCAGCCAAAAAAGAAAAAGGGGAAAAAAAAGAAAUGCCUCCUUAAGAAGGCAGCCAGGAACCAGCACGCUCCUGACCCACAGGGCUGGCCCAAGUUUCAGUGCCUUAAACUUGCCCGUCCUGGGCUUUGUUCUGCUUUCAAAGGAGAAAGUCCAUCCUCACUCAGUCAGGCUGGAAGUGCCUUUUGACUUCUAAAGUUAACUACCCUCUAGAACCUCCCCUGUUGAGGAUUCUCCGCCUUAACUCUAUCUGCAGUCUUCCUGCAGCUCAGAGGACCAGUCAUGUCAGUCUGCCAGCUCCUCAGCUCAGCUCAGCUGGCCUGGAUGGAGCAUUUUGCUGGAACUCUUAGGCUUCCUAGUCUGGAAAUACUUUUAGGGUUCGUUUUCUCACAGUUGGAUGACCCAUUUCCUGGAUGUAUUACGGAAUUUAGCAAGCAGACCAGAAGAGGAGGCCGGAUGGCACUUUUAGCCUCCAUCCCUGUUUUGUGACAAGCGUACCUAUUCUGUUCUCCUUUGUUGAUCAUGUAAUCCUCACAGUCUGAGGUAAGACACUGAAGGGAACUUCCUUGCAAACUUUCUCUAAAGGUGCUUGCCUUAUCAAGUGCACAUAAAGUAUUUUCCACACAAGAAAGCUUUCUAAUUCUUAGCUAAUUUGUGCCAUGGGACUAUAUAAGCGCUAAGCCUGAUACUUAAGUGAGAAGUUGGCCUUCAGAGCAGGCCUGUUGGUGGGAAUGUUGCCAUGGCUCCAGGGCUGCCUGAAAUGCUUCCUUGCUGGUGGCCCACAGCCCCCUGACAGCCUUAGAGCUCAGGCUCAUUGCUCCCGCCAUCCCUCAGCCCAGCCCAAGAUGGUGCUAUCCAGCUAAUUUACCAGACCUGCCUCCCAGUGCCUUUCAUCUCUUUUCACAUAUCAGCACUUUGCCCUCAAGGAGCAUGUUCCAGAGCAUUUCCCAGAGGCUCUAAAGAUGUCCCAAAGAGGACUGUCCCGUGCUGUUUGGUGCAGUGACAACAGCGUUAGACUAGCAGGCCGCUUCCGAGUCAACAUUCAUUUGACAAGAUGUGAUCACCACCACCUUAAAAAAAGAAAAGGCUAGUAGGCUGAUAGGCCUAUCUCAUGCUCAUCCAAAAAGAAGUGUUUUUGAAGUUCCCUUUGUGGCUCAGUGGUUAAUGAAACUAACUAGAAUCCAUGGGAAUGCAGGUUCAAUUCCUGGAUUCGCUCAGUGGGUUAAGGAUCCAGCGCUGCAGUGAGCUGUGGUGUUGCAGAUGCAGCUCAGAUCCCACAUUGCUGUGGUGUAAACUGGCGGCUGCAGCUCUGAUUCAACCCCUGCCUGGGAACUUCCAUAUGCUGUGGGUGCAGCCCUAAAAAACCAAAAAAAUGACUGGUGGCCUGAUAUCUCACGCUCAUCCAAAAAGAAUUGUUCUUAGUGUUCCCUUGUGGUGCAGUGGGUUAAGGAUCUGGUGUCACUGCAGCAGUUCAUGUAGCUGCUGUGGCAUGUGUUCAAUCCUUGGCUCAGGUGCUUUUGCAUGCUGUGGGCACAGCCAAAAAAAAAAUUCCAAGGCUUAGCCUCAGUAAAUGAACACUUCAUUUUGUUUCUAUUUUGUUUUGUUUUGUUUUUUGGCCAUACCCUUGGCAUGUGGAAGUUCCUGGCUCAGGGAUCAAACCCAAGCCAUAGCAGUGACAUUGCCCAGUCCUUAACCACUAGGCCACCAGGGAACUCCUCAAACCUUGGAUUUGAAGACUUUGUGUUUCCUGGGCCACAGCAGGUGAUGGUACAAAUAGAAGAAGCUGGGGUUUGCAAGGGCUUUCGGCCAUUCCAGAGUAAACACUAAACUUGAGUUCCAGCCAGUUGGCAAGUGUGGAAGUGUUUGAAGAAUGGUAAUGCAAGAAGGUUUCCCUACUCAGCUUUUUGAACUGAGUGCAAGUAAGUGCCUGGCCAGCCAGUAGGACCAGUGUGGGCAGUUAGAAAUGCUUCUCCCUGUGGACAAGCCCCUGAAAGGGACAUUCCAUCUUCAUUGGCCCACUCCAGUGGUCACUGCCAUCUAGAGAUUAGCCCAUGAAACUGGAAGAAACCCUUUGGGAUGGUGAGUCUCCAGCCUGCUGGGCAUCUGGCAGGAAUUGUGGAUGAUGGGGUAGGGAUCCCCAGCCGGUACAUAAGUGUAAAUGAGGCCUCUGCAAAUAGAAGAAAAAGGACAGAUCAGUUUCCUACCUCUGAGCCUUCUCUAGGGAGAAUCAUCAUGGAAUGUUGAUAAUUAUCUGAAACAUUUUAAGUGUCCUUGUUGAAUUCCUGUCCUGUCCAUGAAGAAUGAAAUGACCAAGAAGCCACAGGCACCCAUCCCAAAUUUCCCCAGGAGCUGGAGUGAUGCCAGAAGGGAAAAGAGUGAAUGGCUCCUCUGCCUUCUCAGAGCCACCAGAACGAGAGACUGGUUACUCUGGUUGUAUCGUGUUAAAUGUAUUAGAAGCCAUACAUUCUUCUGUUUUCUCAUUUCCAGUGUUUUCUGCUGUGUGGAUGAAUAAAGUGGUAUGUGCAAAAUAUUUGAAAGUCCUGAAGGGAAGGUGCUUUCCAAAUACAGUGUUCUUUUUAACUAAUAAACUUACUAUUUUUAUAGCAC